UUUAAUAGCAUAUAUUGAUUUAACAUAAAUACCUUGUGCAUGUGUAUAUCUAUUGCACCUGUAUGUUCUAUUCAAUGUUCUUUUCAUAUGAAAUUCCAUGGUUAUAAUUAUUCAUAAGUGAGCAGUGUCAUAACUACAUGUCUGACUGUUGUUUAACAAACCAAACAGUUUGAGAAUCGUUAGACAAUUGAAGAAGGUUAUGGUUAUUUAAGUACAUGCGCCAUUGAAACACAAUGUUACGAAUGAGCGAGCUGCCUGUGGCAAGAUGGCCGCCACGUGCGGACGUCGACCCCCAUUGGCCAGCAGCGCGGACGAGACAUCUAGCCUUUAUUAUGGAUAUCUAUGGGAAGUACUGUCAGGAAUUUUUUGACUGACAGCUCAUCAUCUAUAAGAGAAAGCUACAUCUGGAGGCGGGAAAGUGACGGAGGCUUCUUUGUUAGGACCACGUUGGGAAACAUCCUAGUUGGAACACAUGGCACAUAGUAAAGAGGAGGAAUUGCGCAAAGCUGCCAUUGAUUUGGUUGCUAUGUUGAGAUCAUCAAUAAAUGGUCCAGCACCAAACAAAAAGAUGUACUCAGUCAUCUGCUUUGACAAAGAUGAGAAGGUGGAGGUUGCCCCAACAUCCUGGUUUCAGGAAGGGACCUGUAGGUGGCCUCCCUACAAGAGCCAGGGAGUUCAGAGGGCCAUCAAGCAGCUGGAGGAGGCCCAAAGUACAUGGCCUGUUCACACAGACGGCAGGAUAUUUUAUUCUUCAGACAGUAUUUUAGAGUGCCGUAAGCAAGUUUCACUGGCUCUGGAACAGACGGACUAUACAUCAGAGGCAGACGACCAAGACAUGCGGCCUAAAAGAAAACUUAAGCCAAGUAGAUAUAAUAGAGACCAGGAGGAGGAGGAAAACCUCAGUCCACCGAAAAGGAAGACUGUGUCUCAUCCCAAGCCCCCCGCAAUCCCAAGACCUCCCUCCAAUUCCAGGCGCUUCAUUCUGAUGCCAAAUACAGAAUGUGGGUUUGUUGAGGUCCCCUCAUCUAUUGAGGAGCCUCAGAAUUCUCAGCAUGUAAUGAACCUGGGGUCAACCCUCCGCCAGGCAAUAGAGCAACAUUAUGGUGACAUGGCAGGGUCGGAGCAGCAGCAGAGCAGCAGCAUCAUAGUGACAGCAGCCCAGCCUGUUAGUCCACCCUAUCAUGGGUACAUGAGAGGCUGCAACCAAAUGUGUGGAACUCUUCUGAAAGAAGUUCUGAUAAAUCAACAAAUUCUAAUGGAUCAGCAAAAGAACAUAAUCAGAAUGAUCCAAGAUUUGCAAAGAUCCAACAGUGGUGUCACAGGGAUUCCCAUCACUUCAUCCCACAUGACCAUCUUCCCUCUGAGUGAUAAGCCUGCCCUGUAUAAACUUGAGAAGGAUCUAGCAAAUCAACCAGACCUCCGUAAGGAACUGGUCAUCACUCUUGGAUUGGCAGGGGGGGGCAACAGUAAAAGAAACUGUGUGGCGCAUUUUAAAACAGGCCAUCAAAAAUGACCUUGCUAAGACGAUCUUAUGGCGUGGCCUGAAUGGCAAGGUGCCUUUUGAAAAGCUCCACCUCAGGGCAGUUGUGACAGAUGCUGUCAGACGUAACCCAAUCUGUCUGGAAGCAACUGAUCUGACCAUUGCUGAUGCUAUUAAAAGGUGGUUCUACUGGGCUGGGGAUCGAGAGGGGGGGAGGAAAAAUCGGCUGCCAGGCUCCAGCCGAGGGCAGCCAGCAGAAUAAUUGUUUC